UAUUCAAAUCAAGGUUGUUCCAUAGCAUUGUCAGGGGUGGAUCCAGUGGAUGGGGGAGCCAUGAGGGCCCGUUCCCCCCUGUCGGUCAAGCUGAAAAAUAAAAAAGGUGCUUCAACUUCGUAUGAGGAGGUGCUUAAUCUGGUGAAAAUGUUUCCACAAGAGAAUGCAGCAUCAACUCUACCAAAUGUUACUAAAGAGGAUAUUCAACGUGUCUUAGAAAUGAUCCAAGAAAUUGAAAAGCAAGGACAAAAUGAAGGGUUAGAGAAGACAGUUGAUGACUUGACUCUCAGCAUCUGGGACUUUGCUGGACAAGAUGUUUACUAUAUUACUCACCAGGUGUUUCUGGUAUCUCGUGCUAUAUACAUUCUGUGCUUUGAUCUCCGUCACGACCUCAACAAACCUGUUCCUGUGCUAGAAGGCGAAAAGGCAAAAGAGAAGUUUGCAGUAAUUAGGGAGGCAUUAAAAGGAAAACUAUACCGGGGCCAUGUAGUGAAAGUGUACUAUGCAAUUGACAACAGCCUUAGGGCACCCCUGGAUGAAGCUAUUGUUAAUCUAAGGGACCACAUCACCAAGGUUGCUAAGCUAGAGAAGUACUUGGAGGAAAGAUUCCCCAUAAAGUGGCUUCACUUUUGGCGUGCGAUUGAGCAGUUGGGCAAAAACCAAAUUAACUUCGCAGAGGCAAGUACAGUAUUAAUUAAUUAUAUAGUUGCCAGGUAA